GCAUUAGAAAAUCCUAGUACUAGGAAUAGAGCACGGGCCUAGUUGCUUGUUCAGAAAUAGUAUGCUUGCAGUGAAAAGGGUGACAGCAGCGGGUGAAGUGUGAUGCUCUUCGUUUUUGGAAAAUAGCAGAGUCGUACUACUUGUGCGUGUGACUUCGUUAUUGCUAAGCCCGCACCACCAGCAUGCCUGGCCACGUCAAAAAGAGCACGGGUCCCGAUCCCGACCCCUCUGAAUACCUCUUCAUCUCUCGGGAGCAGAGGAUGAAGGAUCAGUCGAAACCCUACGAUCCUAAGAAGUCCUACUGGUGUCCUGACCCUAAUGAGGGUUUCGUCGAGUGUGAGCUUCAGGGAGCCAAGGGUGAUAAACAUGUCACAGUUAAGCUUCCCAGUGGCGAAAUGAAGGAGUUCAAGAAGGAGCAGGUCGGACAGGUUAACCCUCCCAAGUACGAGAAGUGUGAGGAUGUGUCCAACUUGACCUUCUUGAACGAUCCCUCCGUCUUCUACGUCCUUAAAUCCCGUUACCAGGCCCAGCUUAUCUACACCUACUCUGGUCUCUUCUGUAUCGCGGUUAACCCCUACAAGCGUUACCCUAUCUACACUAAUCGUACCGUUAAGAUCUACCAAGGCAAGAGGCGUAAUGAGGUUCCUCCUCAUCUCUUCGCCAUCUGCGACGGUGCUUAUGCCAAUAUGAUGCAAGAACACCAGAACCAAUCUAUGCUUAUUACUGGUGAAUCUGGUGCUGGCAAGACAGAGAACACAAAGAAAGUGUUGUCUUACUUCGCUAACGUCGGCGCAACGGAGAAGAAAGAGGGUGAGAACAAACAGAAUCUCGAAGACCAGAUUAUCCAAACUAACCCCAUCCUUGAGGCUUACGGUAAUGCCAAGACCACCCGCAACGACAAUUCGUCUCGUUUCGGUAAGUUCAUCCGCGUCCACUUCGCCCCCAACGGCAAGCUCUCUGGCGCUGACAUCGAGGUCUACCUGCUUGAGAAGGCUCGUGUCAUCUCCCAGUCCCCCGCCGAGCGAGGUUACCAUAUCUUCUAUCAGCUGAUGUGCGACCAGAUCGAUUACGUCAAAAAAAUAUGCUGCUUGUCUGACGACAUUUACGACUAUCACUACGAGUCCCAGGGUAAGGUCACCGUCCCAUCUAUCGACGACAAGGAGGACAUGCAGUUUACUCAUGAAGCUUUCGAUAUCCUGAACUUCUCCAACGAAGAAAGGGAUGACUGCUACAAGAUCACUGCUUGUGUCAUGCAUCAUGGGAACAUGAAGUUCAAGCAGAGGGGUCGUGAGGAGCAGGCCGAACCCGAUGGCACUGAGGCCGGAGAAAUCGUUGCCAAGUUGCUCGGUGUAGAUGCCGAGGAGCUCUACAGGAACUUCUGCAAGCCCAAGAUCAAGGUCGGUGCUGAGUUCGUCACAAAGGGUAUGAAUGUUGACCAAGUGAACUACAACGUCGGUGCCAUGGCCAAGGGUCUCUUCUCGCGUGUGUUCUCAUGGCUCGUCAAGAAGUGUAACAUGACACUCGAGACUGGCCAGACUCGUGCUAUGUUCAUCGGUGUGCUUGAUAUUGCUGGCUUUGAAAUCUUCGAUUUCAACGGUUUCGAGCAAAUCUGUAUCAACUUCUGUAAUGAGAAAUUGCAGCAGUUCUUCAACCAUCACAUGUUUGUGUUGGAGCAAGAAGAAUAUGCAAAAGAAGGCAUUGUCUGGCAGUUCGUCGAUUUCGGUAUGGAUUUGCAGGCUUGCAUUGAGCUCUUCGAGAAGAAAAUGGGUAUCCUCUCCAUCCUUGAGGAAGAGUCCAUGUUCCCCAAGGCUACUGACAAGACCUUCGAGGAGAAGCUGAACAACAACCAUCUCGGAAAGUCUCCUUGCUUCAUCAAGCCCAAGCCUCCAAAGCCCGGCCAGCCUGACAACCACUUUGCCAUCGUUCACUACGCUGGCACUGUGUCCUACAACCUGACUGGCUGGCUUGAGAAGAACAAGGAUCCUCUCAACGACACCGUCGUCGACCAGCUCAAGAAAGCUUCCAAUGCCCUUACAGUCGAAAUCUUUGCUGACCAUCCUGGCCAGUCAGGGGAUGGGGGAGGCAAAGGCAAGGGCGGCAAACAGCAAACUGGUUUCAAGACAGUUUCUUCUGGAUACAAGGAUCAGCUAAACAACUUGAUGAAAACCCUAAAUGCUACCCACCCUCAUUUUAUUCGCUGCAUUGUACCAAAUGAGUUCAAGAAACCAGGUGAAGUUGACGCUGGUCUCAUUAUGCAUCAACUGACCUGCAACGGUGUACUUGAGGGUAUUCGUAUUUGCCAGAAGGGCUUUCCCAACAGAAUGCCUUAUCCUGACUUCAAGCUACGAUAUAAUAUCCUGGCCGCCAAGGAGAUGAAUGAGGCGAAGGACGAUAAGCAGGCAGCUAAGGCGUGCUUUGACAAGGCUGGUCUUGACAAAGAGUUGUACCGCACCGGCAACACCAAGGUUUUCUUCCGUGCUGGUGUUUUGGGUACCCUUGAAGAGAUCCGUGAUGACCGUGUUAUGAAACUGGUAUCCUGGCUUCAAGCAUGGAUUCGUGGCUGGGCCAGCCGCAAAUACUACUCCAAGAUGCAAAAACAGCGCACUGCCCUCAUCGUUAUGCAACGCAACGUCAGAAAGUUCAAGAUCAUGCGAUCCUGGCUCUGGUAUGAGCUCUGGAUCAAGCUCAAACCCAGGCUUAAGGCCACUCGUGGUGAAGAGGAGCUGGAAAAACUAGAAGCAACUGCUGUAAAGGCUGAGGAACAGUACCAGAAAGAAAUUAAGGCUCGCGAAGAACUCGAAACCAUAAAUGCAACUCUUCUUCGGGAGAAAAAUGAACUACUGAUGGCUGUUGAAUCAACCAAGGAUGGCAUGUCUGACUAUCUCGACAAACAAGCAAAACUUCAAGGCCAAAAAGCAGAGCUUGAAGCACAGCUAAAUGAUACCCUAGAGCGCCUGCAGAAGGAAGAAGACACACGUAACCAGGUCGCCAACGGAAUGAAGAAAUGUGAACAAGAGAUUACUGAUUUGAAGAAGGAGUUUGAAGAACUCGAACUUUCUAUUCAGAAGGGCGAGCAAGACAAGCAAACCAAAGAUCAACAAAUGUCAAAUCUGAACGAAGAGAUAUCCCACCAGGAUGAACUCAUUAACAAGGUUAAAAAGGAAAAGAAACAUCUUCAGGAAUGUAAUAAAAAAACCGCUGAAGAUCUUCAAGUUGUUGAGGAUAAAUGCGACUACCUUCACAAGGUAAAGAGCAAGUUAGAAACCAGUCUUGACGAACUCGAAGACACACUCGAUCGCGAGAAAAACCUUCGCGCUGAAGUUGAGAAAUCGAAAAGGAAGGUUGAGGGUGACCUCAAACUGACACAGGAAGCUGUUACUGAUCUGGAACGUAACCACAAAGAACUUGAAAUGGCCUUCGGGCGUCAGGAUAAAGAGUUUGCAGCCAUAAUUGCCAAGAUCGAGGAAGAACGGGCUCUUGUGUACAAGGACCAGAGACAUGUCAAGGACCUGCAAGCUCGUAUUGAUGAGCUCGAGGAGGACGUUGAGCAUGAGCGUCAGGCCCGUGGCAAGGCCGAGAAAGCCAAGAAUCUUCUGUCUCGUGAACUGUCAGAACUUGGUGAGCGACUGCGUGACAUUGGUGGUAUAACCGCGGCCCAGAUCGAAAUCAAUAAGAAGCGUGAAGGUGAACUGGCUAAGGUCCGCCGCGACAUUGAGGAGUCCAACCUUCAGCAUGAGGCAGCUCUUGCUACACUCCGCAAGAAGCACAACGACACCGUUGCCGAGAUGUCUGAGCAAAUUGACUACCUCAAUAAGAUGAAUGCUAGGGCUGAGAAGGAUAAGGAAGCCAUGAAGCGAGAUGCUAAUGAUGCCAAGAGUUCCAUAGAUUCACUCACACGUGAUAAGAUGAUCGCCGAGAAAACCACCAAACAGCUGCAGCAUCAGUAUAGUGAGAUAUGUGCCAGACUAGACGAGGUCAACCGUACACUGAGUGACUUUGAUGCCACCAAGAAGAAGCUUGCCUGCGAGAAUGCUGACCUUGUUCGCCAGCUUGAUGAGGCCGAAGACCAGUUUGGCCAGCUGUCAAGGAUCAAACUUUCUCUCACUAACCAGCUUGACGACACCAGGAAGAUGUGUGACGAUGAAAGCAGGGGUCGUGCCACUCUCCUGGGUAAGUUCCGCAACUUGCAGCUCGAUAUUCAAGCUCUCCGUGAUCAACUGGAUGAGGAAAGUGAUGCCAAGGGAGGUGUUCUCCGAAUGCUGUCUGCAGCUAACGCUGAGGCUCUCAUGUGGCGCUCCAAGUACGAGUCUGAGGGUGUUGCCCGUGCUGAAGAACUCGAGGCUGCUCGUAUGAAGCUCGCCGCUCGUCUUGAGGAAGCCGAAAUGGAAAUUGAGUCCCUCAAUGUGAGGAACCUGCAUCUCGAAAAGACUAAAAUGCGUGCUGCUGCUGAGCUGGACGACUUCCAUGCUUCUGCUGAGCGUGUACAGGCCCUCGCUAGUGCUGCUGAAAAGAAGCAGAAGAACUUCGACAAGAUCAUUUCCGAAUGGAAACUGAAGUUUUAUGACUUGGCUGCUGAGUUAGAUGCCUCUCAGAAGGAAUGCCGCAACUACUCCACCGAGCAUUUCCGUCUGAAGGCCGCUAAUGAUGAGAACACUGAACAGCUUGACAGCAUUCGCCGAGAGAACAAGAACCUGAGCGACGAGAUCAGGGAUCUGAUGGACCAGAUUGUUGAGGUUGGCCGAGCAUACCAGGAAAUUCAGAAGAAUGCCAGACGUCUUGAGCUCGAGAAGGAAGAACUCCAGGCAGCUCUUGAGGAGGCUGAGGCAGCUCUUGAACAAGAAGAGAACAAGGUCCUCCGCACUCAACUUGAACUCAGCCAGGUCAGGCAAGAGAUCGACAGGCGCGUUCAGGAGAAGGAAGAAGAAUUCGACAAUACUCGCAAAUGCCAUCAAAGAGCCAUCGAUUCCCUUCAAGCUUCUGUUGAGGUUGAAGCUAAAGGUAAGGCUGAGGCUCUACGCAUGAAGAAGAAGCUCGAGACCGACGUCAACGAGUUCGAAAUUGCCCUUGACCACGCCAAUAAGGCCAACGCGGACCUUCACAAACAUCUUAAAAAGGUUCACGAUGAAGUCAAUGAUGCGGAAGCCCGUGCCAAGGAAGAGCAACGUGUUGCCUCCGAAUUCCGUGAACGAUACGGCAUUGCUGAACGCCGCUUCAACGCCCUUCAUGGAGAACUGGAGGAAUCCCGCACUCUUCUCGAACAAUCAGACCGCGGCCGUCGCAACGCUGAGACUGAGCUCAGUGAUGCACGCGACCAUAUCAACAUCUUAACUAACCAGAAUGCUGGUCUCACAGCCUCAAAGAGGAAGCUUGAGGGCGAAAUGCAUAAUCUCCAGGCUGACCACGAAGAAAUGCUCAACGAGGGAAAGAACUCUGAGGGGAAGGCGAAGAAGGCAAUGCUUGACGCUGCACGUCUGGCCGAUGAACUUCGCUCUGAGCAGGAAUAUGCUCAGGCCCAAGAGAAGAUGCGUAAGGCCUUAGAAAUCACUGCUAAGGAUCUCCAGACCCGUCUAGAGGAAAGUGAAAUUGAGGCCAUAAAGGGUGGUAGGAAGGCAGUCAGCAACAUGGAAGCUCGCAUUCGUGAUCUCGAGUCUACUCUGGAUGAUGAGAGUCGCCGUCACGCCGAUUCUCAGAAGAAUCUGAGGAUGUGCGAGAGGCGCAUCAAGGAGCUUGCUUUCCAGACUGAUGAGGACAAGAAGAACCACGACAGGAUGCAGGACCUCGUCGAUAAGCUCCACCAGAAGAUCAAGACCUACAAGUACCAGAUUGAAGAGUCUGAGGAGAUCGCCGCCCUCAACUUGGCCAAGUUCCGCAAGACUCAGCAGGAAUUGGAGGAAUCUGACAUUUAGACAUUGCACUAUCAUCUGACAAUGAAGAUUUUCAUCUCUUUUGAUAACUUGUGCAAUAAAUACAGAUCCUAUAA